GGCGUGAGACGUAUAAAACACGAGAAGACUUUCGUGUGAGACUUCUUUUGUACAUAUCGAAUGGCAUUCUAACGGGGACAUAUUUCAUUAAUUUUUACGCAAUUUCACCACGUAAUAAUAUUGAUUGUAGUGUAUUCAAAAGUAACUCAUUGUGGUUCACUUUGCUCCCUCCCUUUUUACGUGCCAUAUAAUAUAGAAUUUGCAACGUGGUGGAUGAAGAAAAUCUCUUUGUGCUUUGGCGAAGGAAAUUUGUGAGUUGGAAAAAGGGGUGAAUUCAACGAGUUUUUUUGCCCACAUUUAGUGAACUUGUCUGGCUUUGAGCCAUAAUAAGAUUACAAAUCAUCGCAAUUGCGGGGAAGCGCGCGACGACUAUUGAGGAAGGGGACAAAAAAAAGUGAAUUGCUGCCGCAGUGGGACGGGGGUGUGUAGUACCUUCCUCUGCUAAAUGAACCCCCAUGCUGCUUGGGUGGUGUGGUGAUAGAGUGACCCUCGGUAGCAAGGGUUCCCCUCACGGCCAUGCUGCUGUGUGGGUGUCGGAAGAGAUUUUCUGACUUCAUGGAAAUUCAAUAUAGAGCAGUAGCGUGAAGAAAUCCAUCACGUGGGUGGGAGGAAAGCAUAUCAUCAACCAUCUUCUAAAGGGAAGUUUCGCUGCUACAUGGCAAACGAUCCUAUGAAUUACAUUUUGGAGACGCUGAGUGUGUGCAAUUAGUGUGGAAUUCAGCCAAAUUCACCGCACACAUUUUCGCGGGGAGGAAAAUUUUCAGAGGAAAACUCAAUAAUUUUCCCAAAGUAAAACGCACAAGUAUAAAGCUCUGUGUGUGAGAUAAGGAAAGAGUUUUGAGAGUGAAAAAAAUGCUGAAGCAGAAGCGAAAUCCAAAGCCGCACACACCACGGAGUUGGAUUGAGGCGAAUUUUCAGAAGCGUGAAUGCAUUAAGUUUAUCCCAAAUCCGAAGGAUGAGGAACGAUGUUGCUGCGGCCAGGCACGUCUCACGCAUCCAGUCCUUGCUGGAGUGGAUGUUGGAUCACCAACGGAUGUGUGGGUACCAUUCAAGCACACCCGGUCCCAUCCAACAGAUGCAUACGGCACGAUAGAAUUCCAAGGAGGCGCACAUCCCACCAAAGCUCAAUAUGUGAGACUGUCGUAUGACACGAGACCCGAAUUGCUCGUUCAACUAUUCACGCGAGAAUGGAAUUUGGAGUUGCCGAAGCUUCUCAUCACCGUUCAGGGUGGCAAGGCGAAUUUUGAGUUGCAGCCAAAAUUGAAAAAGGAAAUCAGGAAGGGAUUGCUCAAAGCUGCCAGAACCACCGGAGCCUGGAUUUUUACGGGUGGCACAAAUACCGGUGUUACGAAACAGGUGGGUGAUGCUCUUCUCCUGGAAGGUCAGCAGCGCACAGGAAGGGUUGUUAGCAUUGGAAUUGCCCCCUGGGGCAUUGUUGAGCGAAAUCACGAAUUGUUGGGUCACAAUAGAGAUGUUCCCUGCCACAGUAUUAGUUCACCGCGCUCAAAAUUAGCCGUCCUCAACAAUCGGCACGCGUACUUCCUGCUCGUUGAUAAUGGCACUCAGGGGAAAUAUGGUGCAGAAAUCAUCCUCCGGAGAAAGCUAGAGAAGCACAUUUCCAAUUUAAAGCUUCAUCCAUUCACCCACUCCAGCACUCCUGUGGUGUGCCUCGUGAUUGAGGGUGGCACAAACACCAUUCGUGCGGUGUUGGAGUACGUUACGGAUACACCACCUGUGCCAGUUGUUGUCUGUGAUGGUUCAGGAAGGGCUGCAGAUUUAAUUGCCUUCGUGCACAAGUAUGCAACCGAUGGCGAGGAACAGACUGUGCUGGAAUCCAUGCGGGAUUACCUGCUCAAUACGAUACAGAAGACUUUUGAAGUGACAAUCGAUCAAGCUGAGUGCUUGUACCAGGAAUUGCUACAGUGUACAAGGAAUAAGAACUUAAUCACGGUAUUCCGUAUUCAGGAUCGUCCCGAGGGGGAUGUUCAGGAGUUGGAUCAAACAAUUUUAACUGCACUCUUCAAGUCACAGCACCUCAGUCCACCGGAACAGCUGAGUUUGGCUUUGACCUGGAAUCGCGCUGAUAUUGCACGAACGGAAAUAUUUGUCUAUGGGCAGGAGUGGCCUCCAGGUGCCCUCGAUGAGGCGAUGAUGCAAGCGUUGGAGCACGAUAGAAUCGAUUUUGUGAAACUCCUGCUGGAAAAUGGGGUGUCCAUGAGGAAGUUUCUCACCAUUCCGCGUCUCGAGGAGCUCUACAAUACAAAACAUGGACCAGCAAAUACACUCGGCUACAUCCUACGGGACGUGAGACCUCACAUACCAAAGGGCUAUAUCUACACGCUCCACGAUAUUGGAUUAGUGAUAAAUAAAUUAAUGGGUGGCGCUUACAGAUCCUACUACACGCGUCGCAAAUUUCGUCCGAUUUAUGCCAAAGUCAUGAACAGCUACGUGAACACGCACAGAAAAUCAUCAACAUUCCAGCGUCAUGCUGGUGCGAAUUCAAUGAGUUUGGUCACUGGUCUCUUGCCAUUUACAUCCGAGAUGGCCCUCUUUGAGUUUCCCUUCAAUGAGCUCUUGAUUUGGGCAGUUCUAACGAAGAGGCAUGAAAUGGCUCUCCUCAUGUGGACUCAUGGUGAGGAGGCUCUUGCAAAAUCCCUCGUGGCUUGCAAACUAUACAAAGCCAUGGCACACGAAGCGGCUGAAGAUGAUCUCGAUACGGAAAUCUACGAAGAGCUAAGGAGCUAUGCGAAGGAAUUCGAAACGAGGGGUCUCAAACUCUUGGACUUUUGUCAUCGACAGGAUGGCGAAAGGACCCAGAGGCUCCUUACGUGUGAGCUCAAUUCUUGGUCUAGUCAGAGUUGCCUCUCACUGGCCGUUGCUGCGAAUCACAGACCCCUCCUUGCGCAUCCUUGCAGUCAAGUAAUCCUCGCGGAUUUAUGGAUGGGUGGUCUGAGGACACGAAAAAACACCAAUCUUAAGGUCAUUCUGGGACUUCUUUGUCCGCCUUUUAUAAAGAAAUUGGACUUCAAGUCAAAGGAGGAGCUACAGUCAAUGCCACAAACGGAAGAGGAACAUCUUGAGAAUCAGAAUCUCGACUAUGAAGAUCGCGAGAAAGGACACACCAAUGAUGCUGAGGCUCUUUUGUCUGAUACGUAUUCAAUGCGAGAUACCAAAGUUCAUGAAAAUGGCAAAGUUUCACUCACAGACUCCGAUGCGGGAAUGCAUCAAAAGGACUACAUGCAACUAUCUUAUGAUUAUGACAUUAAGCAGCACCGUCCGCUUAAAUUAAAGAAGAAAAUCUAUGAAUUCUACACAGCACCCAUUACUAAAUUCUGGGCAGAUUCGUUAGCGUACGUGUUCUUCUUGGUGCUCUUCACGUACACUGUUCUUGUAAAAAUGGAGAAACAACCUAAUUGGCAGGAGGUUUACUCAAUUGCUUACAUAACGACGCUUGGCUGUGAAAAGAUACGUGAAAUUAUAUCAUCUGAACCUGUAGCAAUAACGCACAAAUUCUCCGUCUGGGCAUGGAAUAUGUGGAAUCCUUGCGAUGCGGCUGCCAUAAUUUUCUUCAUGAUCGGACUCGUGCUUCGCUUUAGGCCAAAUACAAUGGAUAUUGGGAGGGUGAUUUAUUGCGUUGACAGCAUUUAUUGGUACCUCAGGAUUCUCAAUAUUCUCGGCGUCAAUAAAUAUCUCGGACCUCUCGUUACAAUGAUGGGAAAAAUGGUGAAGAAUAUGAUUUAUUUUGUUGUCCUCUUACUGGUUGUCCUCAUGAGUUUUGGCGUAAGCCGCCAAGCAAUUCUCUUUCCCAACAACGAGGCUGAUUGGCGAUUGGUGCGAGAUGUUUAUUUCCAGCCAUACUUUAUGCUGUACGGUGAGGUAUUUGCUGAUGAUAUUGACCCACCGUGCGGUGAGGAUCCAUCGCAGGAUCCCUGUGUCACAGGACACUGGGUUACCCCAAUCACGAUGUCAAUGUACCUGUUGAUUGCCAAUAUAUUGCUCAUUAAUCUCCUCAUCGCAGUUUUCAACAACAUCUUCAUUGAGGUCAACGCGGUGUCACAUCAAGUGUGGAUGUUUCAGAGAUUCACAGUUGUGAUGGAGUACCAGCUAAAGCCAGUCCUACCGCCACCCCUAAUUGCCUUCUGUCACAUAUAUUCGCUUCUCAAAUACUUCGUCCGGAAAGCGAAAGGACUACAGGGGCCCCGUGAUAACGGGCUGAAACUCUUUCUUGAGCGCGAAGACAUGGAGCGCCUCUAUGACUUCGAGGAGGAAUGCAUUGAGGGCUACUUCCGGGAGCAAGAUGUUGCCCUGCUGCAGUCCACGGAGGAGCGGAUAAAGAGCACGACGGAUCGUGUGGAGAAUAUGAGUCAGAAGAUUGAGGAUAUCAAUCAGAAGGAGAACCUCCAGACGGCCACGGUGCAGAGUAUUGAGUUCCGUUUGAGGAAAAUGGAGGAAUCUGCUGAACAGAUUCUUUCCCACCUCGCGGUAAUUCAUCGUUUUAUGUCCACGCAUACGUCGAUCAAUAGUGAGACACUCCCCAUGGGACUACCCAGGCAGGAUUCACGAACGCGCACGACGUCGGAAAAUGAAACAGCCGCCACGUUGAAUCUCAAUCCAAGGAGGAAGUUCAAUCGUUCCCUCACAGAAGUACGCCCUGAUGCGUAUAUCUUUGACGAUGGUCUCCACUUUGAGGUGAGACCCGUCCCGGAGGAGAGUGAAGUGGCUCGAUCGAGAGAUACUCUCACUGAAGCCACUCUCGCUCGGAAGGUUUCAACACAAUCCGAUGAUUCAGACAUUUUUGGCGAAGGUGGUGGCACAGUGGCUAGCAAACCCAUCACAAUUGAAGUCCCAAGGAAGCCACCAAUUCUCAAUGUGGUGCGCCAGGAAACAACAAGCACGGAGAGUCACGACACCCUGACCCCUAUUGAGACGAGUGACGCCCACACGUUGAUUGGCGAAGGACUCUCAGCUGAGGACAUUGUGGACAUAAAUUAUGAUGGAAGUAAACCAAGAGCUGCAAGAAGGAGAAAUUCUUCAAGUGGACGCAGAAAUUCAGAAUCCUGUUCCAACUAUGACGUCAAGUGCUCGCAGAAUAGUCUCCAUUUGGGCAUGUCGAGGCGUCAGUUGAGCUUAACGCAGUCUGAACCGGAAUCAAAUGAACCUCCUGCAAAACCCAUUGUGAAGCACAGCCGGAAUCUCCUGUUGGCCAUCCACACGGAAUAUACGUCGAUAACGGAUGAACUGGAGAGUGUUUGCCACAUGCUGGCAUCACCAACAACCUCCAUUCCUGGCUUUGAGCGUCCAAAGAAUGUCAAUGAGUUGUCAAAUCCGGAAUUUGCAGCUCUGCUGGAGAAGCAACAUCUCAAGGAGUGCGAAGAGAAUGACUACGUGAUGCUGGAGCGUCUCCUGGCGGCACGUGGAUCACUCGAGGAGACGGAUGAAUCCCUCGAGGCGUCCCUGGAUCAGCCACACCGGCGAAUUUUGCGCCGGGAAACUGCUGUGGAACUUCCGGUGACACCAUCCAAGAGUAUCAGAAGUAUCCCACCCAUUGCAAGUGCCGAAGGUGAGGUAGACAGGGAGGGGGGAACAGCUGAAGCUGCUGCAGUUCCAACAGCAACAAUUAGAAGUAUCUCAAUUGAGCAGCAGGCCACAUUUUCACGUCAACAUUCACCCCAAACUGCCGUACCACGAACGGACUUCCUGAAUCCCAUAACAAGCCUCAUGGAGACGCGAAUCUUUAAGAAGUCCAGCGAGAGUUUACAGAAGAACUCCAGCACGGACACAGAGUACUCCCUACAGCCGUACAGGGUGAUUAAGCAGAGCUCCAAUGAGACUAAUACGUCCCUCACGAGUUCAGUGAACAUCGACAAUGCCUCCCUGGCGAAUGAUUCUCUCGACGUUGAGGGGAGUGCACCCACUGAAGGGGAAGACAUCAAACCAUCACCAUCGCGUCGUGGACAAUUCCUCAUGGGUGCCGUGUCGAGUGGAGCGGCAUUCCUGCGGAAGCAAUUUAGCAUUGAGAAGAGUCAUCGUAUUGAUCCGGAUGCGCAUUCCUUCUCCACCCCAAUGCCCAUUUCAGAGGAUACCGAAGACUCCACGAAGGAGAGUCCGAAAUUCCUCACAUGUCGCACCGGGAAGUCCGUCGUGACGGCCAAGGAGAGUAGCUCAAGCACCGAAUCACGCGAUGAACGACAAAUUCCCACAAUAACGACCAAUGUGGUGCAAGAUGAGAUUGCGAGGUUGUCGUCCAACAUCAAGAGUAGUACUGAUGAGGAAAAGGAGGCGCCCUUCAAUGAGACAAUGUGCUGAUUCUUCAUCACAGGUUAUCCUCUGGAAAUUCACAUUGUGCUGCACAUGGACCAACGCGGCACCCUCAAAAAGAUCUCAGGUUGGUGAAAGAAUAUUUUUCAACAUAAAAUUGACCAUUUCUCAAGAAAAAGAAACUGAUCUCACGUUAGAAAUCAAUUUUUCUUUAAAAUCAUUAAUGAAUUUUGCUAAAUCAUCGUUAAAAAUUUUGAUUAAAUCUGAGUAGUAAAUGUUCAGUAAGAUCCAGUUUUUGAGGCAGGUCAGUGUUGUGCCGGUGUUGGGGAAGGUCAGUGAUGAGUGACGUCAGAGUGCCGUGGAUAUUGGGGAAGGUCAGUGAUUUGUGGUGACGUCAUGUCGUGGACGCCAUCUUGAAAAUUUUAUUUUGCCAGCCAUUUUGAAUUACGUCAUGUUUUCGUCUGCUAUUUUGUAUGAUGUCACAUUUAAGCCGCCAUAUUGAAUUUUAUCCACCAAAUUGAAUUUUAUUCCGCCAUUUUGAAUUUUAAUCCGCCAUUUUGAAUUGUGAUUUUUAUAUUCCGCCAUAUUGUUUUUAUUUCGCCAUCUUUGUUUUUGUCCGCCAUUUUGAAUUCUGAAUUUUUAUCCCACCAUCUUGUUUUCUUGUCCACCAUUUUGAAUUUUAUGCCGCUAUUUUCGCUAUUUUGAAUUCUGAAUUUUUAUUCUGCCAUAUUGGAUUUGAUUUAUUAUCGUUGUUUCAAAGUGAAAUACUUUGAAAGUGAAAAUGGCCAAUUUGGCACCGCAGCAAAGUGCGUGUCUUCAAAUUGGCGCUGAAAAUAAAGAGAAAAAAACUUUUUUACCUAAUGCUAGGUCACCAGCAAUGCGGGCAAUUGUUUAUUCUUAAACUUUCGAGAGUGGUACAUUAAAAAAGUGAGUCUUAUGCUAGAAUGAAUUUACUUAUAUACUAAAUUUUGGCCCUCUUCCUGGAGUGGGAGAGAAGCGCGAGUACCCCCUGUUAAGGAAUAAAUUCCUAUAACAAAUACACUAAGAAAACCUCGGCCUAUCCGGUUGAGAUUUUCUUGUGUAAGUCGGUUUUCCCUUAAAGAAAGAUUGAGGGGAAUUUUAUCUCUGAGGAGGACUUUAGCCCAUCAGACACGCUAGGAUGAUUAAAUCCACCGGUAUGUCAAAAUGACAAGGCUCCUUUUUGGAAGGAGCCACCCGUAGCGUGAUUGGGCGCUUGAUAGCUGCCUCGCAGAGAAAUUUGUCCCUCUCAAGUACUUUCUUAAGGUACUUGGCAACACUAUGCUUACUUGUUUUUUAGUAAAACAACUUCUCAUUUGAGAGCAUAGGAGUGGAAUGGUUUUAUUGAAUAAUUUUCUCUCCUUUUAUACACUUUUUUUGCUUAUUCUUAACAAUUUAAUUUGCGUCAUUCUGCCCAUCCACAUGCGACUUCUUCAAAUUUUGAUUUCUGCUUAUUUAUCCAAAUUAUUUUGCAUGUGGAUGGGCAUAUAUAUAUACAUAUAUAUAUAUAUUUUUUUUACUUUAAAUAUUUUUAAUCAUGUUUUAUUCUAAAACACCCCCCCCCCCCACGAUUAUACUUCGCUCCACACUCGAAGAAGUGGGAAGUGGUACCACAACUGACCUGAAAUGCAGCUGUGGCACUUUAUUUUCUCUAUGCUUGUUCUCUUCUGAUUUUUAUUUUGCCCUGAAUUGUUAAUAGGUUAUUUUUAUUUGAUUUCCGCAUGUUCGUUCCGAACAAUUUUCAAUGUAUAAACAUGGGCUUUGAGUGUUGUAUUAAAGGCAUGUGGAACUUUCGCAAUUUACUCCCAUGCAUAAUUUUCACAUGUUCUAUUCCUACUUUAUCACACAUCGUUUCUGAUCGGGGGUUAAAGUUUUUUGUGAUAUAUGAUUUUUUUUUCAGAAAUAAACAACUUUAAAAUUUUCAUUGCAAGUGUUGGAGAAUAAUCUCGCAAAUCUCGGCCUAUGCCGGUCGAGAUUUCCUUGUGUAGGUCGUUUUUCCUUAAAGGAGUGUUGAGGGGAAGGUUAAUCUCUUGGAGGACUAUUGCCUUUCAAACACGCUAGGAUGUUAUCCACCGGUUUUGUCAAUGACAAUAUAUUAGCUAAUAUAAAAGAUAAAUAAAAAGAAGACGACAAAUAAGAAAAGAAAACAACGACGCCUCAAAGAUCUAAUAUAAAAGAUGAAUUUUAUGUAAAAUAACUUUUACAUAAAAUUUUUUUUAUUAAAUUUUUUUUAUUGAGUUUCCGAUUGCUGCAUUGCAUUUUUCGGUAAAUAUUUUCUUCCCUUAGAAAAUAUAAUAUUAUAAAAUUAAAUCUAGUUUUAUGGGUAAUAUACCCAUUAAUGUUGGCAUUGGUCACAUCGACAGAAUCACUAAAGAGGAUUUCUGUCAAUGUACGCCGUGCCAAAUAAUGUAUUUGCGGUUGUAAUGAAAGGGGUUCCACGAAUAAAUUAAGGUUUUAAACGUGGAUCCCCUAAACCACCCUGGUUGAUCUGCUCCAUUGGAAUGUCAGGUAUUAAAAAUGCCUGAACAUAGAGGGUGCCUUCCGGGAAAAUCGAGCUCCUAUAUCCUUUGUGGAGCUGACGCGCCAUCUCCACCGUUGUCAUCGACGACAACCUUGUCAGUUUGGUGACCUCAUAUUGGAGGGAUGUUCCUCCCAUAAAAAUGUAUGAGGCCACCAUAUACGCCCUGUCACUAGCCUCCUGACGGAUCAUUCUUAGAAUCUGAAAAAAAUUUAAAAAAAAAUUAAAUUAAUAAAUUAUUAGUCUAUAAAUUAAUUAGUAAAAUUAAUGUACUUACUUCAUUCGACAACAGUCCUAGAAGGGGUACCACCCCGUUCACUGUAGGUGUGGAGAAGUCAAUCCCCAUUUUGACUAAUUUCAUGUCAAGGGGAUUUGGGGUCUCCUCCACGACCUUCCAGACUCAGAAUCUACCAUCUCAUUUAGUGAGCUCUCAUCAGCUUCCUCCUCCUCAGUUUCCGUUUCUUCAUCUUCAUCUGCAUUGCCUUCCGUUGAUAGGGCAGAAACCCCCAGGCCCUCGUAGGUGUAUACAGCCUCUAAUGCCUGUUGCAGGUUUUCGGAAUGACGAUAGAUGACCGAUGGAACGGUGGCUUCAUGGUUGAUGUUCAUUGGCUGGUCGGCAGAGGGAUGUUCCAUUUCAAAUAUUUUUUUACACACUGCACUUCGUUUAGACGUUUAAGUACAAUUGCCGUUCGUUAUCUCAGAUACAGUAUUUAUACAAAUCAAAUUGAUUAUAUUCAUCGUUUUCAAUGAUCCCUAAAAAUUCGGAUACUCGUAAAAUUUAUAGGCACGUGUGAGAAAAUGAGGAAAAUAUUUUCUUAAAUUUCUAUCCAGAUGCUAUGUCAGCUAUUUAUUGAUAUAAAAUAUCUUGCACAUCAUAAUUUAUCAAUUCAUUUGUACCAUUAUUACUGUACAGAGUUGUAGGUAGGACCAAUUGUACGGAGUUGUAACCUGUUAGAAAUUCAUAGAGAGGAAAGCCAGUUUACUCAGUAGCGCAAGGCGCCGCAAAUAGUACUGGUGAUGACAGGGAAACUCGGGCGCUCUUUCUGGCCGCCCAAGGAAAUCCCUACUUUAAUAGAAAACAAUUUUUGUCUCACCUGCGGAUGUGUCCGCAGCGAUUCAGAUUGAAUUCUGAAAUUUUUAUUGAUUUCCUAUUGAUUUAUAUACAUUUUUUCCUUAUGCUUGCUUGAUCAGCUAAUUUUGGGAGUGGCUUGCGCCGGGAAAUUUUUGAGCGGGUGUGGAAAUUGGGAACAGUGGGGAAUUGGCGGGAAACUUAUGUAAAUAUACUUAUUUUUCUGUUUAAUAAUUAUGUAGUGUAGUGACAGACUUAUUUAUGUACCUAUAUUCUGUAUUUAUAUUACGCGGCGAAAACACCACAAUUUGUAGUGUAGUGACAGACUGUUUCAACGGGACUGACUUGGUGAAACCGCGGGCGACUCAGCAGAGUCAUCACCCAACGAUUCCACCAAUACAUUUAUUUCAUUAACUUGUGAAUCACUACAAUUAAACAUCUUCCCCUUUUUAUUAUAACUUAACAUUUUAAUUAGACCCGAUAGUGUUUCUAAGCUGUCUAAACUACUUUUACUGUACUUAAUUCUAACAAUUCUUUUAUAUGAUAUUAUCGUCGACUAUUGUCUUGGCUGCUUGCUGCUGUCUGUGCUUCAUCAUCCUUCUGAACCUCUCUGUGAGUGUGAUCUCUUCGCUGCCUCCACGAUCCCUUUCCUGCCUUGAUUUCCUUUUCAUCAUAUUGACACAUUUGUGCCUCAACUUCCAGCUUACUCCUAGCAUUAAUAUAAUUGUAAUGCUUAGAGCUAUUGUGACAGCUGGAUGUCUUAUAGCAGUGUCAUUGAAGGAUUCUGGUUAGUCCUGUCGCGAUCGCCAUGUAGUGUCUCUGUAUUAAAACACUGUUGUUUGGUCUGAGGUUGUAACGUGACUGAAGUCACUUUGAAUUUAUUGAAUGAUAUUUAAAUCAAUGCAUGUACAUUAGGCUUAUAUGCAUAAUGAAUAGCAUUAUGCAUAUGCUACAAAUCUAAUAAAUGACCAAGAUUUUCCGUUACAAAAAAAUUAUAAUAAUUUAAAUAUUAAAACAUUUAAAAUCAAUUCAACAGCGCGAAAUCAAUAUGUCGGUGUUCAAAA